GAAUUCACCUGCAAACAAAAUCAAUGAGAUAUAAAUAAAUCCCUUCGAUCGGCCACCUGACCUGAUCAUAAACGUUUUCAAAGACACAGGUUUGUUCGUUUAGAUCGAUCGAGUUAGGGUUAGGGUUAGGGUUUUCGAUUGGGGAGGGAUGGUUGAGGGAGAGGAGCAGGACUACGAGAGCGAUCCCGAGGAUGCGUUGCUUCCGUCGGCGAUGCGGCGGCGGGAGGCCAGCGACGACGAGGACGGAGAUCGAUCGGAGGGUGGAGAGAAGCCGAGGAGGGAUCGUUUGGUUGGGAUUGGACCCGAAGGUGAAUUGGACGACGAGGGCGCGGCGCCGGAGUAUGAAGACGAAGAGGAGCUCGAUGGGGAUGAGUAUGAGGAGUACGAAGAGGAUGAGGAGUUUGAAGAGGAAGGUGGAGUAGAGGAGGGUGGGUCUCAGGAGGUUGUGGCUUCUCGUUCUCAGGUGGUGUUGGUGCCGGAGAUGGAUGGGGAUGGGCAGAAACCUCCUGGGGAAGCGGUAGGGCAUGACACGGCGGAGGCUGAGGUGUUAGCGGAGGAAGAGUUUGAGGAAAAGAAGGAGAAUGCGCCAUAUGCUGUGCCUACAGUUGGGGCAUUCUAUAUGCAUGAUGAUCGGGUCGGGCAGAAUGGUCGAGGGCGUCAGAGGCGCUUGCCUGGUGGGAGGAAGUUGUGGGAAUCCAAAGACGACCAGGCCUGGGUGCAUGACAGGUUUGAGGAGUUGAAUUUGCAUGAUGCUGGGUUUGGUGAGGACAGAAGAGCAUCAAGAGGGCGUUUUAGAGGCCGUGGUCGGGGGCGUGGUCGUGGUCGGGGUGUUGAUCAUGGUUUUGUGAGAGAGAAUCGAUCCCGGUGUUAUGAUGAUAGCAAUUACCAAGUUCAUGUUCCAAAGAUUGUGAGAGGGAGAGGACCGAGACGAUAUCAACCUCUGGCAAAGAACAAUAGAGAUAUUUCUGAACCUCAACACAAGCAAUAUACAAAAAAUCAGGAACUGAGACCAAUUACUAUUGGGGGGAGACAAUCCUCAGAUACUCCAAAUGUGCAACCUGAUCCUAGCCUUAGUAUUCCUCAUAAAAAUAUCUUUGCUUCUAGCCUAAAUUCUGCUUCACCUCCAUUUUACCCCUCGGGGUCAUCCAAUCAAGAUGUUUCUUUGUCUCAAAAAAGGGAUGUUCAAGCAGGCAGUGCCAACAAGACCAUUAAAUCAUCCAUGCAGAUGUUGAGCAAGACUUCAGCACCAGAAUCUAGUUCGUUUGUGAGGGGAAAAGCAAAUGUUGAUUCUGCUGGCCGUGAUAAGAUUUAUAUUAAUGACCCAAUCUGUCCUGCUGUUGCUAAAACUUUGGCCACUUCUCCGUCGUCAGCGUCUUCUUUCACACCAACUCUUGCAACUAAAAAUUCUCAGACCAAAGGUCAAACAAGAGGUAUGAGUGUAGUUGGACUGGAUGCUCCUAUGAAUUCAUCCUUUAAUCAAGUUGCUCGAGCUUCUCCACCAAACCAGACCCCCAUUGCACAACAGAGAAUGCUUCCAAGCGUAGGACAUCCCCCACGGAUUUCCACACAACAGAUGGGUCAGCGACGUGUGAUUGCUUCUACUACCUCUUCUCCACCUGAAGCUCCAUCAAGGAAUUCAUCUGAAAUUGGGGAAGGAGAAUCUCCUCCAGGAUCAAGUAAAUCAAGGAAUCCACUGGAUGGCAAAGAAAAAACUAGUAAUGCUGUAACCGGAAUGGGUUCAUUUUUGUAUAACAGUAGUCAGGUUCUUGGAGCAACUGGGACUAUGGGUCUUACACAUGUUGACCAAGGUUUUGCUGCUACCCCAGCAUUUUUGCCAGUUAUGCAGUUUGGAGGACAGCAUCCUGGUGGUAUUCCUGCUGUUGGUAUGGCUCUGCCAGGAUAUGUGGCACAACAGCAGCUUGGUUUUGGGAAUUCUGAAAUGACAUGGUUACCGGUUUUAGCUGGAGCUGCAGGAGCUUUAGGAGGAUCUUAUUGUUCACCCUAUAUAGCUCUUGAUAAUGGUUAUUUUGCCCGUUCUUCAGGGCAGACCUCUUCUUCCAUUUGUUCGAAAGAAACUAGUAUAAAUAAAUCAGCUGACUCUUCAAAAUCUCCACAAAAACCUGAAACUGUCAAUGACGAAUUUGGCCAGCGCCAGAACAAACCUCGCAGCAGAUACUCUGAGAUGAACUUUGGACAGUAGAGUGUGUCUUUAUGAUUGUAUAUAUGAAUAAGCAGCUUGAGGCCCGCCACCCAGCCCUUCAUGGUCCUUCCUUUGAUUUGGAGACCUUUGAGUCACUUGAUUCUGAAGAUAUUUUAGCUAUAUAUGAUGGCCACUUAUUUGCCAUCAAUGUGAGAAGACCAUAUCAAGUGGCUGGGCCGGUGGCAUAUGAUUGUUUGAACUGUGGUUUGGUUCCUUUGUUUCUGAAUCUUUUUAUAAAAAUGGAAGCAGGCUUGUGUUCUAGGCAUAAAAUAGUUUGAAAA